AUGGAAAUAAACGAAACGACAGGAACUAUCCCUUCACCGCAUAUGCGGUUUUUUCUGCAGUUACGAGCGAAAGACAGAAAAAUAGACGAGUUACAAGAAGAGUUGAAUACCCUAGAAGUGAGAAAUGAUGAACUGGAAAAUGUUGUAUCUGAUCUUAAAUUUCAAAAUGCAAGGUUAUUAGACAGGCUUAAUGCUUCUUCACUUGGGAGUCGAUCAGCUGAAGUCUUAGAGGAAAAGAACGAUGCACUGCAAGAUCGUGUUGAUAUGAACGAAGUAGAAAUAAAGAAGUUGAAGGGUGUCGUUGCAGAGAAGGAAAGGCGGUUUGAAGCUGCAAAGGUGUGGGUGGAUACACUUGAAAGUGUUAAUAUUAAUUUACAAAGAGAAGUUGAAGUACUGCAGUGCCGCGUUAAAGAGCAAAGUAAAUCUCUUACUCGUAUGACUGGUGACAUGGAAGCUGUAGAAGCGGAGAUGUUACUGGAGAAAGCAAAAGCUAUUCGGAAGGAAAACGCUGCUUUUACUAAAAUAGAAGAAUUAGAGACUCAAUUAUCGGAAACACGACGGAUACUUUUGGUGGAAAAAGAAAUGGCACAUGAAAAGGACCACCUGUAUGAAGAAAGUUUGGCGACAGUUAACAGUCGCGCUCACGAGCUCUCAGCCAAAUUGGCCAGGGCAGAAAGAAGCAUUCAGGAAUUAAGAGGACAAGCUAAAUAUUUUAUUUGUGAUUGUUCCGGAAGUGCACUCCAGUUUUCACAACUUCUUGGUGCUGUAAAGUUUAUCAGGGAGAACUUUGCUAAAUUAAAAGAAGACGUUCAAAAUUCCCUUUUGGAAAAUCAGAAAGCUUCACAGGAAGCAAAGGCUGAAUUGAAAUUGUGUUUGGUCAGCACAACACCACGAGACCUACUGCGGAAUAAAGGAACCAAUUCUUUGCCUCUUAGGCAUCCGGUAUUGUUGCCCGAGGAUGAAGGUGACUAUAUACUAUGCAAACCACUCCAAACUUUUAAGCAAGACAUCCCAACAGUUGCUCGUAGCUCAUCUGCGCAUUGCACGAAAAGCACCAGGGAUUUCAAACAUCGAUCAAAGAAGCGGCAAAGAGAUUAUUUUAUAUUCCCGGCACUUCAAGAAGGAAAGAAGGGAAAGCUCACGUCACUCACACCACCAGGUUCCCCGUGUAACCCAAACUCUUCUGAAUAA